AGAUGCUAUGCAGCAGGUUCUUGUGCAUUGCUUCAGCACCUGUAGAUGGCAAACAUCAUUAAUAAUGCUACCUCUAGAUGCAUAUGGUUAUCGUAUUUUGAUUUUCUUACAAAGGUAUCAUGUUGUUGUGCCUGUAGUAUCUCAUCAACGUGUAGUCGAAAAAAUCGAGUUAUACAAGCAUGGAUCGUACGCCCGAGUUUGUGAGGUUUAGCUCCGGCGGGAGUUCGGGCUCUCGGAACCCGCAGCGACAGAAGCAGAUAUCACAUCCUUGGGUGGCCGAAAGUUUACAGAUUCGUUCAGCAAUAGUGUCCAAGGUAGGUUCGCAGACGGGCGAUCACUCAUCAGCCUUUGCCAAAUUAAAGCAGCAGAUAGAGAAACUAGCAGCAGAAGGACCCCAAUAUAAUCAAGAGAAACCUCCGCAGCUUUCGAACACGAACGCGGGUUCGGGACCUGUACAGGAUCUCCCUGAUGCCGAUGCAAAAGCGAAGCGGUUGGCGGUAGCGCUGCCGGGCGAUUUCAUUGAAAAUGUGCUUCUGGUUUUACGACAGCUGACGCGCGAGAGCGAGGAGUCGUACGUAAAAAAGGAGCAAAAGCGACUGCAACGACAAAUCGAGCGACAAGACUUUUUUCAGCGACCUGCCGAUCUCCAGUUUCAGAAAGUAGUAAACGAGGUCGCUCAACCAGCGAACGCAGAUAUUUUCAAAGUCAACGUCAUUGACAAAGUGCUCGGCGUCGGAGCAAGCAAAACGGCCAUAUUAAACAUAUCAACAAGUCCCAGCAAGUCCAAGUCAGGAGGUUCGAAGGGAAACAACCCUCUGUUUUCAUCAUCACCAUCUUCCCAAGGCAACGAAAUCCACCAUCAAGUCCAGGAUGACCAAGCAGAGACGCGAGCAUUGGCGUCGGAGGCACAGACGUUCCUGCAGAUGGUGGAGCAGGAACGGGAACGAACAACAGACGUCAGUAGACGACUAGCAUCUAUCCAAAACACGAUGUCACUGAUGAUGCAACAUGUGGAGCAGCAGGAUUUGCAAAUGGACGCCAUCAUUGACACCGGACAACAAGCUACAGCCCACAUUGAACAAGCCUCGAAAGAGUUCGAGAAAGCAAAAGAACGCUCCUCAGGUUAUCAGUUUUACUUGAUGUGUUGGUUCUUAUCAGCGGCAUUUAUUCUGCUCGCGAUGGACGCUAUCAUUUGAAAAAAAUCGUCCUGCCCCUCUCCGAACAGCGUCCGACACCUUACUGAAUACGGUGAGGUAGAGAACUUGUUCUCUACAACUUAUCUCAUCCUAGUUCUUCCUACUCUUCAUCUCCUCUCUCUGCUUCAUCCUUUAGUCCCUCUGGCACUUAUCUCACGCUUCCGCCGAUAUUAUGUUACCAUUUCUCCACAACCACAACACCAUCACCAACUCCACCAGGUGCAGGUCUAUUACAGCCACUGAGGUCCCAAUUCACUGCUCCAAAGAUAUUGCAUAAACAGAAGGUUUCCAAGAACAAAAUAGAACUUACCACGACCGCGCACGCUUGGAACAAAAGCAUUGAUGUUCGCCAUCAUGAAAAAACUUAAAGUAGCAUAUGCGCUAACGCUAGAUGUUCUCUUUUGCUUUUCGGUGACUAGGUACGUAUUAAGACUCUCAUCCAUGAAUAGCAAAAGAAGGCACGUCACUGGAGAGGUUUUUCUACAAGAACAAGAGAAUAUCAAGCUAUAAUAAGUACGACUUGCUCUAACCAGAGAAGCGGGAUCGCCCAUGCGUUUCUCAUUUUUUAGAUCAGAGAAUGUUGCAUUGCCUAGUGCUAGUGCCAUCUAACAAUCAAAAAAGCAGAGUCCAAUGAAUUGAUCUCUCCCCGUCUAUUAUCCCAUGGCUCCCAGUUUCCCGUGGGUUCGCUUCGGAUUCCCCUUCAUGUUUACAAAGUUGAAGCCAUC